ACAGGUGAGAGGAAGUGUGCACAUGUACAGUCAACUGUAUGUAGCUCCAGGUCAGAUGGGAAAACGAAAGUAGACACCUGUGGUGUUUGUGCCUGCUAAGCAAUGUGUAAGAGUGUUGGCUGUGACAGGGACAUACAUGGUAAGGGGCCAAUGAUUACCUUAUCUAGGUGUGAUUCCUACAGACAUACUACCUGGGAAGUGUCACCUGGAGGAACAUUUCCUAUCCAUACACUGUCUAUAGACAAUACAGGUACCUCCAGCGAUAAGGAAGUGUAUAUGUGUACACAUUGUUGUCCUAAUUGCGACAGACCUCUGAGUGUAGGCCUAAUGAUCGACCAACACUGCUUUUAGAACAAUCAUUUUGAACAAUGACAUCCAUAUAUAGAUACAUUAAGUUUGAAACCAUGCUGUGAGAUACUAUAUAGAGUGUAGGUUUAGUGUUUGUCGUCAUUUCUUCUGUCUGAAUCAGUGUGAGUGACAGGAUCUUUUCUUCCUGUGGAUGUGAAGCUGUGUUAUAUCAACAGGUUACACACAUGUUACCUCUGUCAGCUGUGGCUGCUCGGUUCUCAGGGACAAACAAGCUACCGACAAUCAAUAUAUGUGUGCGCCCAGCGAUUAGGUACUAAUUCUGGUGGACCUGGAAGCAAUCAGACUUGAUAAGACAGUGAUCAUACUGCUCCAGGAUGUAGUGAAAUAAUGAACAACUAUCAAGGACUUCCAGGAUUGUGUAUUAAUUACAUCAAACAAAAAAAAACAAAUCAUCACAUAGUAUAUUGUGUCGCUAUAGGGUGUACUUAAAAGUUUGCUCAACUUGCAAUUGAACUUUGCAAGCUCAGACAAGAACACAAAUCAUAAGACCUUAUAAUUUAUCACACUGAUACAAAUAUUCAUUUAUCAUGCUGGAUGCUAGCAGCUGUUUGGAUUCAAGGCAGUAAACAUUUGUCAAUACUUUGUCUGUGCAUUCACAGAAAUUUGAAAAAUAUUUUGUGGGAGUGUUUUUGAAGUAAUUAUCGGUUACAAUGCCACUAUACAAGGAUCUACAUGCCUUCUAUGUGCAGUGUACUAACUAUGGCUUGUCUAGAUUCAGUAGACCGCCCAGGCGUAUCUUUUCCUACAAAAUUUUACCGCUUGUUAUUCUUUUCUGUAUGUGCCUUAUACUGGCAGUAUUGAUUUUACACAUAACAAUAGAUUUGGAAACUGAAGAAACUUUAGAUGAUGGGAAAGAAGAGCUGAGAGAAGUUGAAACUGUGCAGAAAGAUGAUGAUUCUGGAAAUGUAGAGGAGGUGAUUAAACUAGAAAGUAUAAAGGAUGAAGCAAAAAAGGUGUUCAACAACCGACCGCCUGAACUUUUAAACAAUCGUGACUGCCAGGUGAACAAUUUUGUGUUUAUCAAGUGCAUGAAAUGUGCAACAGAGACCAUGGGAACCAUUUUGCGCAGGUACGCUUUAAAGAACAAGUUGAGUGUUUUAUUGCCUCGAGGUAUAAACAUUUAUCUAGGGUGGCCUUACAUGAUGGAAAGUUCUGACUAUCGUCCGUCCAGUAGCUCCAGUGGGAACAGGUAUUAUAAUUGUUUGAUUGAACAUGCGAUUUACAAUGCGUCAGUGAUGAAAUCUCUGUUCCCUCACGAAACAAGGUUUAUAUCCAUCAUACGAGAGCCCUGGUCACAUUUCAAGUCCACUUUUCAUUAUUUUAACAUGCAGAAGCUGGCACAUGUUGUGUCGGACACUCCAUUAUCAACAUACCUACAGGAUAUUCAGACCUACGAGAAGAUUUAUAAGAGUCCUGAAGCAGCGUCACAUAGGUACUGUAUCCCUGACGGCUUUUCCGUGACCAGGAAUCUCAUGUGUCACUGUAUGGGUAUGAAGACUGGAUUUCCUGAAGGUGCCAUAGACAUCAGCAAAAACACCAGAGCUGUACAAGACUUUCUAAACUGGACAGAAAACGAAUUUUCCCUCGUCAUGAUUGCCGAAUAUUUUCACGAAUCUUUGGUUCUUCUCAAGCGAAUGAUGUGUUGGACAAUGAAGGAUAUUAUAUAUAAACGAGUCAAUUCAGCAAAAUACAAAUAUGAGGAGAACGAUGGAGACAGGGCACUUCAUGAACGCUGGAGCCGUGCUGAUUAUCAACUCUACAAUUUUUUUAAUGAAUCUUUCUGGGAGAAAGUUGUGUAUCAGGGAAAGACUUUUAAUCAAGAAGUUCAAAUCUUUACAAAAAUUCAAAAGUCUGUAAAUGUAUUUUGUAAUUUUUCAUCAGAGAGUGGUAAAAUAGACCCCAUGUUUAACAUGACUAAGACAGUCUUGUCAAUUCCACAAAACAAGUUUAGCUUAGGGUUCACAUUUACGCUGGAGGACUGUGAACUCCUCGGCUCCGAUCUGUUAUCUUCCCUUAAAGAGCAGCACGAGGAACAUACUCAAUAUGAGGACAAGGACCCACCUAAGCGAACCUGCUGAUUGGCGGGUCCAUUGAUGAAGUUUUUGUCAUAUUCAUUACCUGUAAACUUUGCUGAAGAAAAAAGUUGUUUAAAAACAAGUCCAACAAAUAUGAAAAAUAUUGAAUGGCCCGAAAUGUUUUAAACGAAGUUUUGCUUGUUUAACAUUUCAUAAAAUGUAAGAUCUUAGUUUGCCUGUUCCAAGUAGACAGUGAUCAGUUAGUGACAUAUGGUUUAUCUGAGUGAUAUCUAUUUGCAACAUUUGUAUAGAUGGUUUUACUUUAAUCGUGAUGGUACAAUUAAAACUGUUUCAUUACUACUACGUCAAUGACCCAAACACAUGCAAUGCCACAUAUUAAUUUGUAUAGUUUGAUACAGAGUUGUCUUUUCUGUAUUGAAUAUUUUCCUUUAUACAUUUUUUUGAAUGUCCUGCCUUUUGUUUACUCUUAGGGCUCUUUUUAUCUGUAUUUUUAAAAAGGGACCUGAGACAGCUAGCUGUUGGAAAAAUGACAACAUUGCUUUGGGAAAAUAAAGCAUUGAAUUUGGAAAAUUAAGAUUAUUAUCUAUCUUGGAAUUGGUCACCAGACAUCUGGAACUUCAGAAAAAGCCCUGAACAUACAUUUAAUUUUCUAUUAUUAUUUAACAGAUUGUUUUUGUUAUUAUUAUUUGUGAUUUUUUUGUUUUUAGACCUAUCUUGUCUGGGGAAUAAACUACAGGAUAUAGUUUUCUAUUUGACAUGUAGUUAUCUCCCUUCCACUGCAGGGAUUCUUUGUUUGUACAUGUGUUAUUUACACUUUUAUGUGUAGGACUAUAAAUUAUUGUUGUAGAGUGGUGUUUGUGUGGUCGAUACAUGGUUGCUGUGAUAUUGAACAUGUACUUGCGAUUUUAUUGACUUCAUUCACUGGUAUAUAUACUAGUAAUACAUGCAGACAAUUACCUAUUUCAUCCAUGUUAACAACAAUAAGUCUGUUCAAAAUUUUUAUGUUUAGAUUUUCAUUUGAAAACUAAGCUUUGGUAUCCUUGCUAAAAUUUUGUUGAAUAUCUCUUGCCAAUGAUUUGAAAUUUAAUUUGCUUACUGAUUUAUUAAGUAGCUAUUUAUCCAUCGUAAUAGACAAUGGCCAUGGGAAUACCUGUAUGUUAUAUAUAGAAUCUGUCAGUAAAAAUAAAUAUACAAAAGUUCAGUAUAUUUCUACCUGACAGUGGUAGGAAAGAGUUAAAAAUGGAUUCAAAAUUAAUUUCCAAUUCUCUCUCCAAAAAUCUUUCAUUUCAAGUAGUAUCAUGCAUCAAAUACCUGGACAACUAAUUAGUUGUAUCUAAAAUAUAAUUAUCUCAUAGUUUUCUUUGCAGUUUUCAAUAUAAUUUGAGAUUUUUUUGUUGGAGCUUGAUGGAAACUUUACCUCAACAUACAUUUUUGUAUGUACAUGUACUACCAAAAUAACCUUCCUAAUUUAUGUUAUUAAAUGUGACAUCCUGUUAUAGAACUUGAUGGUUAUAAAUGUCAGACAAUAUAAACUACACACACAUGCAUGUGACUUCAGUAACCUAUACACCUAUGUACCCAUAGUAACAUACACCCUAGUAUGACUUCAGUAACCUACAACCCCAUGUAACAACAGUAACCUAUAUAGCCCCAUAUACAUGUACCCAUAGUAACAUACAACGCCAUGUAACAACAGUAACCUAUAUAGCCCCAUGUACCCAUAGUAACAUACACCCCCAUGUAACAACAGUAACCUAUAUAGCCCCAUAUACAUGUACCCAUAGUAACAUACAACGCCAUGUA